GCCUUUCAGGGGCCCACGUCUUACCACGUCAUCCAGAUCUCGUCCUUCACCAACAGCAGCUGGGCCCAGACCCAGGGCUCGGGCUGGGUGGGCGACGUGCAGAUUCACGGCUGGGACAGCGCCGCGGACAGGGCGGUCUUCCUGAAGUCCUGGUCCAAGGGCAACUUCAGUGACGAGGAGGUAGCGGAGCUGGAGGAGCUCAUCCAGGUCUAUCUCAGCGGGUUUGUCCUGGAAGUGCAGGACCACGCCUCCGAGUUCCAGAUGCAGUACCCCUUUGAGAUCCAGGGCAUAGCCGGCUGUCAGCUGCACCCUGGCGGGGGCACCGAGAGCUUCCUGCGGGGGGCUCUGGGAGGACUGGACUUCGUGAGCCUCAAGAAUUACUCCUGUGUGCCCGCCCCAGAGGGUGGCAGCAGGGCACAGCGCAUCUGUGAGCUCACUAGUCAGUACAAAGGCAUCCGGGACAUCGGGGAGAAGCUCCUCUUUGAAACAUGCCCUCGGUAUCUCCUGGGCGUCCUCGAUGCAGGGAAGACAGAACUGCAGAGAAAAGUGAAGCCCGAGGCCUGGCUGUCCACUGCCCCCCGUCCAGGUCCCGGCCGUCUGCUGCUGGUGUGUCACGUCUCCGGCUUCUACCCGAAGCCUGUGUGGGUGAUGUGGAUGCGGGGUGAGCAGGAGCAACAGGGCACCCAGCGAGACGACGUCCUGCCCCAUGCUGAUGGGACGUGGUAUCUCCGAGUGACUCUGGAUGUGGCGGCCCGGGAGGCAGCUGGCCUGUCCUGUCGAGUGAGACACAGCAGUCUGGGAGGCCAAGACAUGGUCCUCUACUGGGGAAACCCCAUCUCUGUUGGCUUGAUAUCGUUGGCAAUAAUAGUGCCCCUCUUGAUCCUUUUGAUUGGUCUUUCCUGUGGGUUUUUGAGACGCUGGUCAUAUCAGAGUAUCUCAUGAACCCUUGUCAUGACUCCUCUUCCAUCUGGAAGAAGC